CUGACCACCCCACCACGUGAUAAUAACACGUCGCGUUUAAACCCCGACGCGACUACGUUUAAAGAUCGAUAACCCUCAAAUCAAUCAACAAAAUUCACCCCUCAUCCUAACCAUCAUGGCAAAAUCAGCAACAGAAUCAACCACAAAGGCUGCAACAAAACGCGCUAACACCAAGACCUCCAAGGCUGACAAGGAGGACAAACCAAAGCGCGCACCAAGUGCAUACAACCUCUUCGUACAAGCUCAUAUGAAAGAGUGGAAGGAGGCACAUCCCGGCGCACCCAUCAAAGAAGCCAUGUCCGAGAUCGCAGCAAUGUGGCGGGAAGCACCUGAGAACCCAAAUCGUGGCAAGGAGCCAAAGCCUAGAAAGCCAAAGGCUGCGGCUGGUGCACCUAAAGCCAGCCGCAAGAAGAAGCAAACCCCACCACCAUCAAGUGACGCCGAGAAUACCGGUGACGUCAGCGACGAUUAGUGCAUCAUUCUUUUGCUUCCCUUCCGUUGCUCCUGACAUUAUAUUUCUCCGUAAUCAUUCAGUUCACUGUACUCUUUCGCAUCCUCCUCGAGUUAUAGAGCCGUGUGUAUGCUACAAUGCAGCUAUUUAUUCAGAUAGACGUGGCCGAAUACACAUAGCCCCUCUACCGUCAUACCUGAUCAUACCGUUCGAAAGUCUGGCCAUAUCUGUCUGUCCACGUGAUGGCAAUUGAUGCACCACCUCCGAUUAAUCUUGCCCUUCGGCGUCUCCCCUC